CGUUGACUUUACUCUUUCAAGAGGCACUAUAAAAGCACCACACGGCAGCUUAUCAGUCCAACUGGCUUUCACAUUGGCCACUUUCUGCCCUGUUCGGCCUCCCAGCGAUAAGGUGAUGAUAACAACCGCUUGGUGAUGGUGGUGGCGGCUAUGGCUGAACCCUGCCUGUCCGUGUCGCAUGCGCCAUUAGAGUCUGGGCGGAAGUGAAUGGUCCCCCGCCGGUCGUUGCUUAUCGGAGAAUAAAACAACGAUUGAUGAAGUGAUGCAAUAUGCAAGGGUCGGUUGGUAUAAGUAGCGUUGCGCUUUCCUUUUGCGCUGUCGACCAUUCGAAAGUAUAGUCCUUUCAUUUGCUGGGUUGACGUCCAGAAUCCUGUCACCAUGGCGGAGAAGUCCCAAGACAUGGACUCCAUGUCUCAGGUUAUACCAGCAGUGAGCGAGGAGCCCUCGCUGGAACACGGCGAUAUGCAGCUUCUAGCGGCCCUGGGAUACAAGCAGGAGCUGCGCAGACACUAUUCGACUGUACAGGUCUUCGCAAUUGCAUUCAGUAUCAUGGGACUCUUGCCGUCCAUCGCAUCGACCUUAUCGUAUUCCAUCCCUGCUGGACCUGUGGGCAUGGUUUGGGGUUGGUUUGCUGCGAGUGUGUUCAUCUUCAUAGUGGCUUUGGCUAUGGCCGAUCUAGCGUCUGCGAUGCCUACCGCCGGCGGUCUUUACUUCUGGACCCAUUACUUCAGCGGAGAGAAGUGGAAGAAUCCCCUAAGCUUUGUCGUUGGAUACAGCAAUACAAUCGGGCUUGUUGGAGGGGUCUGUUCUAUAGAUUAUGGGUUUGCUACCAUGCUGCUGGCGAUUGUUUCCAUAGCGCGCGAUGGCGAGUGGACUGCUUCCCGUCCGGCCCUUUACGGUACGUAUGUCGCAUGCGUCGUCGUGCACGGCCUGAUUGCCAUCUUCUUUGCGCGCGUGAUGCCCAAAAUCCAGUCUGUCUGCAUCAUCCUCAACGUGGGCCUGGUCUUUGUCACUGCUCUGGCACUGCCGAUUGGGAAGGCAGUCCGCGGCGGGCAGAUCAACCCGGGUGCCUAUGUCUUCGGCCAUGCUGAGAAUCUCACCACUUGGCCUGAGGGCUGGAGCUUCAUGAUCGCGUGGAUGUCGCCCAUCUGGACCAUCGGGGCGUUUGACUCCUGUGUCCAUAUGAGUGAGGAGGCCACCCAUGCUGCGCGAGCGGUCCCACUGGGGAUUGUCUGGUCCGCGGGUCUGUGUGGUCUGCUGGGAUUUGUCUCGCUGGCAGUAAUGGCAGCUGUGAUCGACGUCGAUCUCACGGCGGUCCUCGACUCCAAGUUCGGACAACCCAUGGCACAGAUCUACUAUGACUCUCUCGGGAAAAGCGGCGCGCUCGGCUUCAUGGUUGUGGUAGCCGUUGUCCAGUUCUUCAUGGGCUUGAGUCUUGUGGUCGCCGCCUCCCGUCAGAGCUGGGCCUUCUCUCGCGACGGCGCCCUCCCCUUCUCCUCCUUCUUCCGCCACGUCAGUAAACGCAUCCGGUUUCAACCCGUCCGCAUGGUCUGCGCCGUGGUCGUGAUAGCCAUCAUCCUCGGUCUGCUCUGUCUGAUCGACAACGCCGCGGCCAGUGCACUGUUCUCUCUCGCCGUGGCGGGCAAUGACCUCGCCUGGAUGGUCCCGAUUCUCGCGCGGCUCGUCUGGGGCCAGGACCGGUUCCACCCCGGAGAGUUCUACACAGGCCGGCUGAGCAAGCCCAUCGCAAUCACCGCGAUCGUGUAUCUGGCUUUUGCUAUCGUGCUGAGCAUGUUUCCUACCGAAGGACCAAACCCGACCCCUGCAAAUAUGAAUUACACCAUUGUUAUCAACGGUGCACUGUGGCUCGGGGCGCUGCUUUACUAUGCGGUCUAUGCUCGCAAGGUGUACAAGGGCCCGCAGACGACCGUGGGAGAGUCGACUAGUCCGUCCGAGACGAGGCUUUCGCAGGAAGGGGAGGGAGAAGAGAAGAAGAAGAAGGGCAACACUGCUUGAGCACCUUUCUUUUAAUGACUUGUAACUCGUUUCCCGAGAGAUCUCUCGCUUUUGUGCUUAGCAGGGACUCCAAUUGAACGCCUCUGCUUGGCUCGUUUGGUUAUCGCACAAGGUACCGUUAAGACGCAAGGAUCAAGAUACUGUAAGCCGGUUCAAGAGACCAGAGAAUCAUUUGAUUGGAGAAUUGAUUGGCAAACGCUGUGGUACAUUACAUCGUAGGGCACCCCAUUGACACCCAUGUAUUUAGCAAUGGGAAGAGAGGACGGUUUAGAAAUUAAGAGACAAACAGAAGAUAAGGGAAAAGAUGUCUCAUCAUCGUCACCUUCGUAAAACAGAUACUAUCCCG